GGCACUGACUGGCAUCACUGCUGGGCACUGACUGGCGGCACUGACUGGCACAACCGCUGGGCACUGACUGGUGGCACUGACUGGCUGCACUGGUGGGCGGCACUGGUGGGUGGGCACAGGUGGGUGGCACUGGUGGGCAGGCACAGGUGGGUGGCACUUCUGGGCACAGGUGGGUGCACUGCUGGGCACAGGUGGGUGAUCUGCUGGGCACAGGUGGGCGGAGCUAGUGGGCGCACUGCUGGGCACAGGUGGGCGGAACUUGCGGGUGGCACUGCUGGGCACCGAUCAUCAGGGCACUGAUCAUCAGUGCCCUGAUGAUCGGUGCCGAUCCCCGCUCUGACAACUGCCGGUUCUCGGCAGUACUUUCCUCACGAUCUGACAGCGUGAGGAAAGUGCAGCCGAGAACCGGCACUUGCAU